CUCAAGAACUCAAUGUGAACGUAGGAGCGGCGUAUGUUUUAAACUUUUCUAUCUGCAUCUUCUGUUUCGUAAUAUAAAGUUAUUCUUAUAUUCAGUUCCUUAUCUGAAAUGAGUUGCAAGUGAUCAUGUAUAUAUAAAGGUGCGUGAAUUAUAAUUUUGUGAUAGAGGUUAUCUUCCACGUGGAAAUAUCGUUAAUUGCGGCAAUUUUUAAACGAAUGUAUACUGCGAUUUUAAAUACAAAAUGUCUCACGAAAAACCUUGUCGUGCAUGCAUGGAUUUUAAAUCAUGGGCAAAGAAUCAAAAGAAGGCUUUCGAUUCCGAAAAGGAAACUGAGAAAAUAGAGAAGAAAAGUCCACCUGUAAAUAAAGUUAAACGUGAUGAUUGCCCAUUAGAUAAAGAUGAAUUAGGUUCAAGAACAUGGUCAUUUUUACAUACCAUGGCAGCAUAUUACCCUGAUAAUCCAACUGAUGAACAAAAGUUGGAUAUGUCAAAGUUCUUUCACACAUUUUCCAAGUUUUAUCCUUGUUCUGUAUGUGCAGAAGAUUUACAAGAGCAAUUAAAAAAAAUUCCACCACAAACCAAUUCACAGUCACAAUUGAGUCAAUGGCUUUGUAUGAUACAUAACGAAGUAAAUAAAAAACUUGGAAAACCUGAAUUUGACUGUAAAUUAGUUGACCAAAGGUGGAGAGAUGGCUGGCUUGAUGGUUCAUGUGACUGAUGAUUAUUAGUUGUGAUUGUAAAUUUUGUAAUGAAACCUAUAUGUGAUAUAAAAAGCACCAUGUAAGUUUUUUGUAAAUACUUGUAGGAAUGCUAUAAUAGUUAAAAAUAUUAGUAUCACAUAUAAAUUAACCGUUUGAGUCCCAUGGGUCUUUGGAAAAACAAAGUUAACAAAAUCCCGAAUAGCGCGAUAGCUCUUGUCUUAAUCGAUUGCGAAGAGAACCAAGCGGCGCAAUAGCGCUCGUCAUAUUUGUUAGUUUUAUGAAAUACAUCUUUAUUAUUAUAUGGGCGUACUAUUAGUUUAUAUAUAUAUCAAGUUUUUUUUCAAUAAACAUUAUUGAGAAGAUAAGAAUGAAAUACAAAAUAUAGUUGGUCGUCCGUAGCGUUCAAAUGUACUGGGUCUUCUCGAGGCAAAAUCUAAACAGCGCGAUCACGCUGCUUGGGACUCAAACGGUUAAUAUUUAUCUUUGUUAAAUAAUUGUUAAACAUAAUGUCCUUUCUUAAUUAUGAACAUUAAAAAAGAAAAAAAAAGUCGAAGUAGACUCAUACAAUUGCAGUUAUACAGGUUAUUAGGUGUUUUGAAGUAUCCUUACUAUUAAUGUUGCAAAGUAGAUGGCGUUAAGUGUGAAAUAGUGAAUGCAGAGCUUGUUGUUCUAACAUGAGGUUCAUAACUAUGAUCUUGUCCUUCACCACCAACAGGCAUGACCUGACAUGUUCUAAUAUGAAAUGGAAAACGUUUGUUAGCCAUAGAUGGUCUAGUGAUGUAUAAAAAUAUUAUGUGUCCCAUGAAAAUAGUCCAUAAUAAAGAUCCUUUAGCAACGCUUUCUCGUACCCACUCAUCUACUAAUAAAGUAAUGCAGAGUACCUAUAAAAUUAUAAAUAUCUUUUUACACAUUGUAAAAAGAAUAAAUAAAUUUUUUACAAAUGUUUUGUUAUAUAAUAUCUAACAUUGUAAAUGCAAUUAAAUGCAUAAUCUUUCAUAUACCGUUAAUGGAUGACAUAAAAACCAUGCUGAUCCCAAUGAAAAUAAUGAACCAUAAAAAUGAAGUUUUGUUGACAUUUUUCUAACAGUCUUAAAACAUCGAAGAGAAAAUAUAAUCCAUGCAAUCAAUUUCAGUAUUAUUAAUCCAUAGCCUGGUGGUGACUCAUAAAUAUACAAUACCAAUCCAGGAUCAAAGACAUCGGAUUGGUAAAUAUACAAUGAAAACUGACAGAAAGAAAUCAGACAAAUAAAACAUAUAAGCCAUCGAGUUUGUCUGGCUGUUAAAACGCUCUUAGUCACUGUAAAACCAAGAGCCAGUAAUAACAUAAGUACAGUGUACAAAAUGUCUGAACAUGCUUCUAGAAGUUGACCUAAUAAAUAAGCAUUUUCUGUUGGUAUUCCUCUUAAACCAAGAUUUAUGUAACUAUAAAUCUCAAAUAAUAUUCCUACUAAUUGACAAAGUAGCGAGGCUAUAAAUAUUUUGUAAGAAACAUGUAGUAGUCUUCUUGCCCUUAGUUGUAUGGCUAUGUAAAAACUGAGUAUUACAAGUAUCACGUAAAUACAAGCAAUUAUUAUCAGUUCUGGCAGUAUAUCUGAAAUGAAAAUGGAUUUAAUUAAA